UGGCUGCAGUGGGCGACUGUCGGUCGAUAGCGAAUAAAAAAUCCUGCAGACGCUCUCAUCAAGACUUAUUUUAACCAGAAUUAUGAAUCGGCACCAAGUGCUGACUGGUGCUGUCAAUACUGGAGAUCACUGCUACGCUGUAGGAAGUGUGGAAGGUAUCAACUUCACGGCAUAUGCUGCAGGGUGUGACAUUGUCAUUUUAGCUAGUGAUUUUCAGCGAGUUCAGAUAAUCCCUGGUGCCACUCAUGGUAACAUUCAAGUCAGCUGCAUAGACUGUUCUAUAGACACAGGAAAGGUGAGAUAUUUGGUGACUUUGCAGUAUACACAGAUAAAUACAAAUAAUGACCUAUAUAGGCUUAUUCAGGGUUUAGACUACCAGUGGUACCAGACAGGCACAUUUGAAGCAGACUCCUAUAUUACAUGUCUCUCAUGGAACCUAGAAGGCACACGUCUCCUGACUGGUGGGGAGCAUAUUCAGAUGUGGCGUUGCCCUGACGAUCAUCAUGAAGAUGACUCCCAUCAUGGUGGUGGCGGAGGAGGAGGAGGAGGAGGCAGUUUCAGCAUUGGUGGAGAUGAUGGUGGCAACGAUGUGUUUGGAGUAUCAUUUCAUGUUGGAGAUGUGGAUGAGCCUGAAUGGCAUUGUAUAUGGGAAUGUAAAACUGCCACCCCUGUUUUUCACCUGCAGUUUUCUCCAGAUGGACUGCUGUUUGCAUCGGCUGGGAAGGCCGACAGACUUGUCAAAAUAUGGUAUGAAGAUAAGAAAGUGCAAUUGCCAGGCUUUAGAAUGGACAGUUUCAGUCCCCAGAAGACAGAGCUGAAGUUUUCUUUUAUCUACAUUGCCCACCCGAGAGCAGUAACUGGGUUUUCAUGGAGAAAGACCAGCAAGUACAUGCCACGAGGGGCAGUUGGCAAUAUGUUGGUAACAUCAUGUAGGGACAACAUAUGUCGUAUCUGGGUGGAGACAAUACUGCCAGACAAUGGACUGGUGGACCUGCACCAGUUUGAUCCCACUGCCGCCACCAACCCAAAGUACAGGACACAUAGACACAAGAAUAAAUUCAUCCAAAGGAUUAACCACAUCAGGAAUGCCCUUCACAAAAGAAAGCGACAUAAAAGAUAUCAUCAGCAGCCAGUAGAUGGCGAUGGUGUUCUCCCACUCCCAAGCAUGAAGAGUACUCACGAUUUCCAUAAAUUUGGUGUCCAUGACAUUCUUGGCAUUUCUCCAGGAUUUCAUUUUCAUUUAGCUGCUAGUAUUAACCCAGAAACAGAUAUCCCUCUUCUCCCAGCUGUACAGGGCAUGAAGGGCAGCAAGGAUAGCAACUUUGUGGUCCAUUGGCUGAAUAACAAGGAGUUCCAUUUCUCACUAGAAGCUGAGAAAAUUUUAGAAAAUAUCUUUAAGAAAGCUGCGGAGACAGAAAAGAAUCAGAUGAAAGAAAAGGAGAAGGCAGGAGAAAGUCAUGACAGUCAUUAUAGUGAUGAUUAUGACCAUCACGAGGAACAUAAGCAUGAGAAGAAAAAGAAGAGAUACUCUCUAAAAUUAAAGCGCCAUCACAAGGAUCAUCACAAAGACAAGGAGCAUCACCGCCAUGAGAACGGCGAUGCCAAUGAUCACCAUCAUGACAGUGACAAACACAGAAGUUCCGGCAUGUAUACAGUCCGCAGUGAUGUUUCUAUGACAUCACAUGGAUCCAGCAAUGUUUUAAAUGAUACUGAACCAGUGAAGACUGUGCACUUCUCUGAAUCAUCUUGUAACAGUGGUGAAACUGUUGUUCCUCAGGUGACAGCUAAUGAGGCUUUAGACACUAAGAUAGAACAGUUGCUACUGGACUGGCAUCAGAGUGCUGACAUGUUGUUCAGCAUUCACCCUGUGGACGGGAGUUUUCUUGUGUGGUUAAUUGACUGGCUGGAUGAGUACAUCCCUGGUUCGUUCCGCCAAGCACAGGUCAGUUUUUCCUCCAGAAUUCCUCAUGCUCUGCCCCAGGCUGAUGCUCUCAAUAUGCACCCUCACAUGGAGCUGUACUGCAAGCACAGCAAGAUGGAUAUCCAGUCAGCUCUCUACAUGCAUCAGGAGACACUGGAGAGUUCCAGUGGAAGUUGUUUGUCAUUCAGUUCAGUGAGGGGGGAAAGAGAAGACCAAGACAGAUCCAACUGUGAUAGCUCCAUUCUACCAAUCAUAUUAAUGCUUUCAAAACACCAGGAUGGGUCUCUGAACCAGUGGCAAAUCAGCUUUGCUGAGACAUCAAAAUUUGCGACUGUGCUAAGCAUAUCCCAUGUGGCACGGGCAUGUGGGCAUCGUUUCCGCACAAACACUGCUGCGUGUCAUCCUGUGCUUCCAUUGCUUCUUACAACGUCACAUCAUAAUAUGCCAGAGAGUUCAGCGACCUCGGAGGCAAAUUGUAAGCAGGGCUGGGAGCCUGCAGGUUUUUGUAGUGAGUUGAUAUUGUGGAGAGUUGAUCCUGUGGGACCAUUGUCCAAAUUAGGAGGAAUAACAGAACUGGCCAGGAUUAAUUCCCCUUGCUUAUCAGCAUUUUCUAGUGUUGCUUGGCUUCCGACAUUAUUACCAAGCUAUAGUCUAGGUUCUAAAAGCAACUCUCCCAGUGCGUUAUUUGUGGCCAGUGAUGGCAGCUGCCUACGUGUGUACCAAGCUGUGAUAGAUGCCAGAACUCUCAUGGUAGACAAACAGAUCAGAAGGGACACUGAGUCCUUUGCAAGUUUUACCACAAUGUCAGAUAGUAUGGAUAUGAACAGUGGUACAACCCUGGGAGGCGAGUUCAACAUAGUCAGCCUCCAGUCUACUGCCAGACCAGGCUGCAUCAUAGAGCUUGACAGCCUCACAGAUGCUGUACAGGACUGGCACAAUACCCAGCUCUUGCACAUUUUCCAAGAGCAGAUGGUCACUGGCAGGCUGCCCCCUAGCCAUUCGGACCAUGCUGACCAGGCCAACCAAGAAGCCUUUGUGGACCUGAGGUACCUGUCCAUGUUUGAGGAGAACUUCUACCUUGUGGUGGUAGAGAAAGUGCCCAGUGAGCACCACUCUGUCAUCCAUAUGUGGAAGAUUGUGAUAGCCUCACAGCCAGAUUUUCCUGGUCAGAAAACUGAAGGUAAUCGUGGCCCAGAGACUGAGAACACGCGGUAUGAAGAUGACAGCUCUAUUAACUCAGAUAUCAGUGAUGCCCAGGAUGGGACCACAUCAAGAGAAACCAAGAGACCAAAGAUCAAUAUAAGCACUACCAAAGAGCCUGAUUCAAAGCAAACGGAAUUAUAUGGUGAAGCACAUGUCUCUAUAGAACAUGUGCACUCUCAAAAGCUUCAUCUACCAGAGGGGAUCGAAAUCACCUGCGCUCAAGUGGCAGCUGGUCACCUGAGUAGUUCAUCCAUCUACCCAGCAUGCUUUGCUCCGUACCUUAUUGUGACAGCUUGCUCUGACCGGGUGCUAAGGUUUUGGAGGUGUAAGACAACAGUGGAUAAGGAGAGCAAGACGGAGAGCUUUGAGUGGCUAGAGUGGGAGAUGAUGAUAAGGACAGAGGACUCCAGUGCAAUACAUAUUCCAGGUCGUCCCAUUAGUGUGAACUGUGCAUACAGUGGUCGUGUAGCUGUGGCAUACAGGACAGGACAUGUCAGAGCACACACACAUAGACCUGAGGAUAAAGUGAUCAACUGCUGUGUGGCAAUAUAUGAGUGUGAAUCAACAGGUGGCUCAGAGUGGACACUAGAGGACACCAUUCAACUGAACAACAUCCCUAUACCAGACCCCAAAACUGAGAUAGACCUCAGCUACAUCAACGACGUGGAGAAGAGAUUGUCCCAUAUCAACUCCAAUGAAGAUUUCACAAAACUAAGUCUGGGGUUGGCGCCCUCUCAGUCUCACUCCAGUCUCACCCGCAUUAUGUCUAUACCCAGUUUAAGUACCAUCAAUAGUGUGAAACGAUCCAUAGGAGAGAAGGGAAAUAAAGCCGGGAUAUUAAAACAGAAACAUUUGGUGCAAUUAGACUGGGUGUCCACUGAGGACGGGUCUCAUAUUCUGACCGUCGGUGUAGGGUCACGGAUUAUGAUGUACGCCCCAGUGUCAAGUGAGAUCUCACAAGCAACACAGAAGGAUUUAUUGGCCAAGGUUGAGGCUAAUAGGAGAGGUAUACUACAGAAGAGCAAGUCUAUGACUGUGCAAAACUAUGUGCAGGAGAUUAGGUGGAUGAAGUUGCGUACUAUAGAACUAAGCACAGCAGAUGGUUUGCCACCACUUCCCAUGCACAUAACAUGGGCAAGAGAAGGGAUUUUGGUCGUGGGCAUGGACAAUGAGAUGCAUGUGUAUUCCCAAUGGAAAGGUCCCUGGGAGGGUAUCCUGGAUCACAUAGCAGCCAAUACCUACCACAGCCAGUUUUCAGACGAGGCAGAUUCGAGAACUUUACCAGAACAAAACCUUACCACUGCUGCUACCUCGGCUAAUCUCUCUAAGAUCAAGUCCACCACUGGGUUCAAAGUUUCAUACUCUGUGCCCAGCCUGAUAGCACUGCAGCAAGGAACAUCACCAAACAGACAGGAGUCAAGAUCCAUGAAGGUCCCUGAAGGAAGAAAACUAACACAAAAAGACAGCAGUACUAAUGAUUUUGUGAGUAAUAGAUUAUCAAUGAAGAAAUUGUCUAUGAAGCAGAUUGGCAACAUGGACGACAAUGACAGCACAACAAGCCUUACACUCAUCCAAGAUGUGGGGCUGUUUGAAGCAGCCAAGAUGGCCAACCCAGUGUUGCCACAGUAUCACCCCAAACAAAUCUUGGAGUUGCUCAACUUUGGGAAGCUGCGCCGUGUGAAAGCCAUUCUUGCUCAUCUGAUUCGGUGUAUAAGUGGUAGCAAUGGGACCCAAGGAGGCACCAUGGACAAUUCUGAGGAGCCCUCCAGUAGCAGUAUACUACAGAGGUCUAUAUCAGUGGGCAGUCCCGGGGUAGAGAGGGGCCCUGCCAUACCAGAGGAGACCCACCUUGACUACAUAGAGAUCACAUCCAUUCCUCCCCUGCCACUCCAUGCACUACUAGCUGCUGACAAUGCUGUGAAUGAUAAUGCUGGAAAUGCUGUAGAUACUCAUGGUACUUCAUUACAAGGACAAGACUACUCGGACCUAUUCAAAACUGACGUCAUGUCUGGGGACGACCCUUUUGCAGAUGACCUGCUCCAUGACGGUAGCCCCACUGUACGUAUUCGAUCCAGCUCAAAGAGCCAAGCCAACCAGCAUCACUUUGGGUCAGCUGAGGCCACGCUGCUGACCAACCAUCUGACCCAUAUCCACUUGCCUGGACUGUCCAGUCUUGACCAGAUGUACCUGCUGGCCCUUGCAGAUACUGUGGCCAGUAUGAAGUCUGAGAUGAGUGAAAAAGAUUUGAGCCAAAGUCACAGUUUUGUGGGAUCUCUGCGUGGCAGCUCUGCUACCAGUGGCUAUGCUUCAGCUGGAGGGACUCCUGUUGUCACAGAUGCUGUUGACGAGUGUGGUCUUCGUUUCCUACUGGCCAUGCGUCGUCACAUGUAUUUGCUACGUAUCCUCCCCAUACGCUCAAGAACCAUGCUGCAUGCUCAAGGCCUGUCUCCAGCUGACGUUAUUUGGGCUUUUCAUUCAGAAGCUCAAGAGGAACUUCUGGCCAUGAUCCCCUGUAUGCAGAAGGAGAAGCCAACGUGGUCAGAGCUGAGGCAGUUUGGAGUUGGCUGGUGGCUCACCAACACCACCAUCCUCAGGAGAUGUAUAGAACAGCUUGCCAGAGCUGCCUUCCAGCAGAAGUCUGACCCUCUUGAUGCUGCCAUAUACUACCUGGCCAUGAAGAAGAAGAAUGUAGUGUGGGGGCUUUACAGGUCUGUGAACAACAAGAAGAUGGUGGAUUUCUUCAAGAAUAAUUUCUCUGAAGAUCGCUGGAGGAAGGCUGCUCUUAAGAAUGCCUUUGCACUGUUGGGAUUACAGAGAUUCGAACAUUCUGCUGCAUUCUUCUUGUUAGCUGGGGCCCUGAAGGAUGCUUUGGAGGUGUGUAUCAACCAGCUGAAGGACCUGCAGUUGGCUUUUGUGAUCGCCACCCUUCAUGAAACAGAACUAGGCUCGGAAGAAUCCAUGGCUCCCAGUGUAAAGAAACUCUUCUACAGGGAGAUCCUUGGACUGGAUGAUAAUGGAGAAAAUCCUGACCUGGAUAGAGUACACCCAGACCCCUUCCUCCGCAGCAUGGCAUACUGGAGGAUGAAGGAGUACAAAAAUGCUCUGAACACCCUCCUGCAGAAAACGUCAUCAAAUUUUCGUGGCGUUAACAGGAACGAUAUUGACUCAGUGGAAGAGGACGAGGAUGUUGGGUCAUAUGCUGCCAAAGCUAGUGUAUUUAAUUUUUAUAACUAUCUAAGGACUCACCCCUUGUUGAUACGUCAGCACCUGGCUACCACAGCCCAGGAGUCCCACACUACUGUGCUUCUGUCUGGAUUCAGCCAUGGUAGGAAACAAGAUGUGGUCUCAGACAAGCAUGUGUCAUAUGUGGAUACUAUCACCCCUAUUGAAAGAAGACUGUUCUUUCACACUGCUCACACCCAUUUGAAGGCUGGAUGUCCACUGCUGGCCUUAGAAGUGCUUACCAAGUUACCUGAUGUUAUAGCAAGGGAGGAAGAUGAGGAAGAGGAUUUUAUGAAAAAACAAUUCAGAAGUAAAUCUAUUGUAGACACAGGGACCCUGGAGUUACCACAGUCAGUACUAGCCAGCAUAGCUGAAGAUGCUGGCAGCCUGCCUAAUUCUAAAAACAAUUCUGUUGCAUCAUUUGAUUGGUCAACCCCCACAACACAGCAGAAAGCUGAUGCUUUUGAUUGGUCAACUCCUGUGACACAGCAAAAAGCUGACACUUUUGAUUGGUCCCAACCUCUGAAUAAAGGAUUGUCUUCUAGGUUUGAUGAUGAGCUUGAGAUGGACUUCAAAGUUAAUGGAGAUGAUGGAUCCUCAAGUGAUUCUUCUGAUGAAGGUGGCAUUGUAUUAAAAACAGAAAAGUCCUCUGAUGCAGACUAUGACACAGAGGCAGAGGACCAAACUGAAGGUGAUGUCGACACCAGCGACCAACACACAACAACAGAUAUCAUGGCACAGCAACUGAAAUACAUCGCCUGUUUGAAGAUUUUGAUGGAGAAUUUGUCCACUCUGGCCACAGGGUUUGAGGUGGACGGCGGUCAGUUGAGGUGUCACUUGUACACUUGGUUGGAGAAGGAAGUGGAGUGUUUGAAAACCCUGUGUAAUUAUGGAGGUGGAGAGCGUGAGACAGGAACCCAGCCAGACUUGAUGGAAACACCAGCUAGUUUAGCAGAGGCACAGCCUGACAACACAGAGAGUUGUGAAGAAGACACCUACACACCUGCCCGGCGUGCCAGUGCUGACAGUUUACUUUCACCACCAGCACAUGCCAGAGAGCGUCGACCCAGCAUUGCUAGCACUCUAGCUGAGGUGAUCAAAGUGGAGAAGAUGAACUUCGAGGCCAAGCUGGAGAGAGCGCAAAGGAGGAAAGAAUGGCUGAAAAUACAUCAACAUCUCUUAAGAACUUUUGCCACGUACUGCAGUUUGCAUGGAGCCUCGGGAGGAGGUUUGGCCUCUGUCAGAAUGGAGCUCACGUUAUUGCUUCAGGAGUUACACCAGGAUAAUGUCCAGAGACAGCUCCUCUCUCCCUUACCUUUCCCAACCACCCUCCCUCUCCUAUCUGCAGGCGUGGCCAGCUCAAAAACCGUCAUGGCGGAUCCAAUCCAACACCUGCAGAGCAUGACCUGGGAUAUUCUUCAGACAAUCAUCGAGUUCAAGCACCCUCCGUACAUUGAUAACAUGCUGGAUAGAGUGUUUGUGUUACGGAACCUGAGUGCUGCACUGUCAGCAUGUAUAUACCAGUGCCUGUGUGACAGCGAUAACUUUGUCAUCUCCAUGUCAGAUAAGGUGGAUGUAGGACUGUGGGGGUUUACAAGUACAUCUGUUGUAUACCAAGACACACAUCUCAUGGCUGGAGCCAUCAGGAAGAGGCACAGGAGUUUUGGCGCAGCUGAGGAGAAACCCAACACCUCACCUGGCAAGUGGCCAGGUGUGACCCAGCUCAGAAACUUACUGCACAAAGAGAAGGACAUCGACUGCCCCAAGCUGACCAUACUGUUGUGUGAGGCCCUGGUCGCGGUGUACGUCAGCCUGCUCAUCUACGCCAUGUCUAUCUACGAGGCCAACAUACUGUACAGGCUGAUAUCUCACCCUAUCAAUGAGCAGAUGUGGGGACUGCUGUUUGGAGGAGGGCUGAGACAGCUGGUGUCUAUGUCACAGGGGAGUCCUUUGAUAAGCUCCCUCAAAAAACCUGACUCAAAUGAAGCCACCAAGCAGAGGAUGAAAUUCAUGGGUCGGGUAAUGGGGAGGCCGCAGGAGCAGAAGCGCCCCCAGGAUAACAAGCCCUCGUAUCAUGAGAAGUUUGUGGCCCCCGAGAUGAGCAUGGUCAAUUAUUUCAUGGCAAAACCCAUGGUAGCCCGUGAGGAGUCUGGAGUGGACUAUGACAGCGAGGAAGAUGUAUUGGACAGCACCAGUGAGGAUGACAGCAGCGAGGAGGAGGAUUAUGAUUCUUACUUGUCUGGUCCUCCUAAGAAGGAAAAGGAGCCAGACCCCCGUAUGCAGGAACAUCUGGACCCAGACUCCUACAGUUGGUGUUUGAUGAGAUAUGCCCUGGUCAAAUAUGCCUGCCAUUCCUUCCUGACCUUUUUGCCAAUAGCAGGGCUAGAGCUGCAAGACCUGCCAGUAGCCUCCCCUCUCCUCCAUGCCACCUUGAAGUCACUGGAAAGAUGGCAGCUGACACUGAAGAGAAAACUGGUGCAGCAUGGAGGACCACCAGAUAACUACAUCCCUGGCUGUUAUAUGGAGCCUACAUCAGGCCCGGCCAUCCUCAAGUAUAAAGGCAUGCUAGAGCCUUACAAUACUCCAUUUGUGUUCCAGAAAUUAUGGGAUCAUCACAAUACUCCAUUUUCGUCCCAGAACUCAGCCAUGCCAGCCAAGAGACUGUGGAUGCACUUGGUGAGAACUGAGUACCUGCAGGAUGUCUUCAUUAGGUACAUCUUCAAGAAGAAGCAGGCAGGCUCAGAUAUGGUGGACAGUAGGGCCCUGCUAGAUGACCAUGACCUACCUCCAGUGGAGCCAGUGAAGAUUAUUCACAAGGAAAAUGAUGUCAUUGCUGCCUUCUGCAUCAACCAGGGUAACCUGAAUGUGCUAGCAUUAGCAACCCAUAAAGAGGUGAUUGAAAUAGAUAUCAACAGCAUUCUGAAUCCUCCAUCUUGGCUUGAAGAUGAGACAGAAUAUGACAUCGAGAACCUGCAGAAUCCUCAACAUGAACAUCUGGAGACUGGGGAGUUCCUAGUGAUCAACAACCCUCACGACAAGAUGAUGUCUCAACUGUCAGUGCCCACAGCUCCUGGGGCCCUCCCAGCACCCUCACAUAUGGCAGGGUAUACCAACAAGGGGGGCACAGUGGGUAAAGGGCUUCACCUACCAGGGCUUACAAAUCUUCAUCCACAUCAUGUGGUAGACCGCAGUAGACGGCUACUUAAAGUGAUGAACAAGAGACCAGUGAAUGAUGUUAGAGGAAUGGGUGCCCAUCCCCAUCUGCCAUAUUACUUGACUGGUUGUCAUGAUGGCAGUGUGAGGAUGUGGGAGUGGGGACAUGGCCAGUGUGUAGCCACACCCAGACAGGCAGGCAGCUUCCCCAAGGUCACCAGGCUACAGUUUAAUACUCAUGGAAAUAAGUUUGGAGUCAGUGAUGGUGAGGGGUCUGUGUGCCUGUGGCAGGUGGGAUUUGGAACAAAUAUGAACAAACCAUUCCAGAGCCUGUCUUGCCACAGUAAGUCAACCAGUGACUUUGAGUUCAUUGGCUCCUCCAGCCUGCUGGCAUCUUCUGGACACUCUUCUGAGAGCAAGAAUGUCUGUCUCUGGGACACACUGCUGCCACCUAGGAGCUCACUUGUCCAGGCCUUUGUGUGUCAUGAGCAUGGCAGUCCUUGCUUGGUGUAUGCUCCUCAACAUCAAAUCCUCAUUACUGGGGGGAAGAAAGGAGAUAUAUGUAUAUUUGACAUGCGGCAGCGGCAGUUACGACACACAUUCCAGGCACACGAAACUGCAGUGAAGUCUCUUGCUCUAGAUCCAUCUGAGGAAUUCUUUGUCAGUGGAUCUGCUGAAGGGGAUGUAAAGGUGUGGGGCCUAGGCAUUCACAACCUCAUGUAUGCCUUCUUAGGAGAGCACAGAAAAGAAGGCCUGUUUAGGUCCAAUAUAUCAGGGGUCCUUCAGGUGGCAGUCAGUCACAACAAGUACUUGUAUUCCUGUGGUGCUGAUGGCUCCAUGAAAGUGAGGCAGUUACCUGAGAAAGAACUGAUUGUACAGACAUAUCCAGCUUGAGCAGUCUGAAACUGCUUGUACAGACAUUGUUGCCUAGGGGUGAAAUACAAGCUUACACUGAUUUCAGCAGGCUUAAAUUGUCUGAAUGACCACACAAAUUGAAACUGCAAGUGCAGACAUGUCUGUCUUGAAAAGACUGAAACUACUAAAUGUAGACAAAUCAUGUUUGAAAAGCCUGCAACUGUGUGCAGGAAGAUACUGAAAUUGUGAGAGCAGGUAAAUCUACCACAUGGCUGAUGGUAUGUGCAGGACAGUGGGGUUAUAUGUGUGCAGAUGUUCAUAGGCAACUGUCCAAAAGUGCUGUUACUAAUUUAUAAUAGGGAAAUUCCCAAAUUUCUGGUACUGCUGUAAUAAGCACAUAACUGGAAAAGCCCCAAUGAAUGUAGGGAUUCCCUGAACCUGUCACGUAAUUAUAACUUUAAAAUGGAAAUCACAAAUAUAGAUGUAAUAGGAGGUAACUGCCAAUGUUACGGUCAUGAAAAAGUUGCAUCUGGAUAUCAAGAGCUGAGAGUGAAAGAUGCUGGUCUCUGAUUUCCCUCUCAUACCAGCGCUGGUCACUCAUUAAAUUAGAUGCCCAAAUAAGAGAGAAGUGAUAACAGAGAGUUUGAACUUGAAUAAAACAUAGUUGUUAUUAUUAUUAUCAUUAUUUCCUUGUGCAGUGUGGCUUGAUGUUUUGCUGUAUUGGUCUGCAGUGAUGAAAUGUCAGUUAUAAUGAUGGUGGGUACUAAUUAAUCAGAUGGCGUAGGAAGAUCUAGGCGAAAACUCAUAAAAUCACACUACUCCUCUAUAUUGGAAUGAAGCCAUUUUAAAGAAUAUAUUUGAUAUUCUUGGGUAGUAAAAAAGAUUCAAAGCUAUUUUAUUAAGAAAUUUGACAUGUUGAUAUGUACAUUUAUGUGGUCUUUCUAAAUAAGGUUUGAAGAAAAAAGUUGUCAUUGUAGAUGAGAGGCAACUUUAAUGUUACAGCAUCUGUAUUAUAAAAUCUGUAAUGUGUAUUCACAUAUAUCCAAAUAGUGCAUAGACUGUGAAGCAGCAGUAGUAUUCUACUGAGGGGUAAUGAUUCACUCUGAAAUUUUCUUGACAUGAUGCAUGCCACUAUCUGUUGUACUUGACUUGAAGUCUGUAUUAAAUGUACAAUGAACAAUUGAUGUAGCAAAUUAUUGGGUGCCUAAAUGUUAGCACACAAAGAAGUAUGAAAAAAAUGUUGACAUUUAAAUGAUAUAUUUGUGGCAACAUGAAGGAUGAACAUAGACAUAUUAUGGUGAUAGAAUCUGUUGUAACCAUGUAAAACAUCAGUGGUAAUCGGUAUACUGAUUAUUCAGAAAUGAAUGAUUAAGUUAAUUGCCUGAAAUAAGCUCACUUGUCUGAUGGAUAUAUGUAUAGUAGAAGACUGGAAGUGUCAGUGCAAUUCCUCACAUGGAGUUGUAAUUAUAUUAUUUAAAGGGAAUGAGAAUAUUAUGGCAUAUAUUAGGAAAGGGUGUAAUUUAGGUUUCAAUUUUAAGGAUGAUAGAUAUACAGGAGGGAUGGUAUUUGAGAAGACACAAACAACCUAAUAAUAACAGUUUUAGUAUUUAUUUUGCCAUUGUAAAUUUAAAAUUUUUUUUUCAAGAUUUUGUAAAUAGUAUGUCUCUUGACUUGUAAAGAUAAGUAUAGAUAUUGUGAUAAUAUGUCAUGGCAGGCAAAACGUGAUUCAAUAUUAAGUUUAUAUAUUGCUGUUCCUUGAAUGAUAGGGUUUGCAAUGAGUUGGACCCUGAAUAAUAACCACUGAUAUAAUAUUGUCAUAAGUAACCAUAGGUUUACUUACAUUUGCAGGAAAGGGGACUUCAUUAGCUAUGUUUAUGUGGCAUGUAGAUAUGAAGAUAUAGAUAAACAUGUACACAGAAAUAAAAUGUGGGUUCGAGUUCUAAAAGAUAGUCUGUUAUAAUAUUUGAAUUUGAACAAGAUGUUGACAGUCCUAAUGAGUGCUUUCAGUAUUGGUUGUGCAGAAAUCAUACGUAAAUAUCUUGAAGAAAUAUUAUGAUGUAAAACUUUUUUGUUGUUUUUCCUGUGUACCUUUAUAUGCUUUUAAUUGUUUGAUCAUAUAUUGUUGUACUGGACCUUAGUUGUAGGGUGUCUAAAGAACACUUUACAUAAACCCUGCACCUGAGGAUGAAUAUAUUGAAAGUGGCCAUUCAUAAAACCUCAGUUAUGUUAAUUGCAUGAAAUCAAAAAAGCUCAGUUGGAUCAUUACAUGAGAGAUUAACAGGAAAAUGAAAAGAUAUUGAAAAUCGUUUUGGUUAAAUCUGUUCAAGUUGAUUAUUCACUGUAAUCAAUUACAAGGCAUGGAUUGAACUGUUUAUUAGUAACCAUGUAUUAGAAAGUGGUCAAAAUGGGUAUGAUUAUGUAUGUUUACUGGAGAAUAUUAGUGUUUAGUUUGGCGGAAAUUGAAAGAUAUCCGCAUAGAAGAUUGUCAGAUAACUUUUUUCAUUUGCCUCUUACCGAGGCCACGCCUACAUUUGUUAAAUGGCAGGUCAGUAAGUGACACUCCCAACGAGAUGGUUUUCAGUGAGUUCCAUUAUGACAUGCUGUAAUGAGCAGUGUCUAAUAUUUGGAGCAAAUGGGGGAGAAAGUACUCGCAAUCAAAGAAAAAAAUGUCUGGAAAUACUAGAUAUUGUUCUCAUAGAGAUUUAGAAAUGUCAGUUGAAUGAAAAAUAUAUAGGCAAAAAA